AUGGAAGACUUUCGCUUCCCAACCGAAAAUCCAAUGCUCCCGGAUUACAAAAAGAAAGGGUGCAUUAUCAACGUCGAGCUGAUACGGAUCACGGCAAAAUUCUUCAAGCACCUAAACAUCUUCCCCGAAGACGUCGAGUGGCUCGAGAACUUCCUGAGUGAGUUCAAGGGCAACACAUCAACCUACUUUGCUCCGUCGUCUGAGGUGAGCUUGCUGGAACGCUAUUGCCGUGAGUACUGGCAGAUCAACCUUCGCUUCCAGCAAAACGUGCCAAAGCGAAUGGAUCUUGUACGGCUGUUCAAGUCAGAGGACUCCAAAAAGGCAGCUGCACGCCCGGCAGCCCUCCCCUCCUGCUUUCGCCCACAGGGCAAUAAAACCAUUCAUCCCGAACUCGAAGCCUUGAGGGAGGAAUACGAGACGGCGUGGGGCGUCGAGCCCUCGUCGAGUGGUCCUUCCCAACCCAGGGAGAGCUUUACGGAGAUGGUCGCCAAGGAAGAAGAAAAAGAAAGGUUGUAUGGACCCAAGGUCACCGGACCAAUGUUUGCUCGCGCUGUGUUCGAAUCGCUCAAGGAGUUGGAGCCCGCUGGUGCAGCCGAUGUCGACUGGCCGCGAUUCAUUGACUUGUAUGAACGCGCGCAUACCACCCUGGCCGAGAAACGUCUUGAGAUCGAGUGUGAACACAUCAUGAAUCGGGCUGAGUUGGAAAAGGAGGUCGCAGGACUGAGUCUGUCGGAGAAGAAGGACAAGCGCAAAGCAGGAGAAGAAUAA